AUGGUUCAUCAAAAUGAAGCUGGGUUCCACAUAACUUGCAACCUGUCUUCAAAAUGUGGUGUUUCUUAUCGAACGUAUUCUGCUUACAAAUCACACAUUUAUCGCAAUCAUUCACAUGAACUUCAUUUAAAAAAAGAGAAAGCAGACAAUACCAAUAUGCUUGGUGUCAAUAAUAGUGAAGAAAUUAAUUAUGAUUCAAAUGUUAAUGCAAAUUUAUUGGGCAAUGAUGCCGAAGAAGAUUCAAUAGAUUUAUUACAAGAUGAUGAAGAAGAAACAAAUAAUGAUACAACAAAUUUAUUCAACUCGCCUGUUAAUCAGGAUGACGACCUCGUUACUAUUACAGAUAUUGAAAAAUCAUAUGCUUCGUUUAUUUUACAACUGCGUGAAGAAUUCUUUUUGCCGAAAAGCACCACCAAUUCGAUUUCUAGUUAUAUUGCAACACUUAUAACUCAUUUACAAUGUUUAAUUAAACAAAAAACUAUGAUACACGAUGCUCGUCAUAGUUCUGAAGCAUCAUCAUCUCAAGCAGUGAAUACAUCGUCUAACAAGAUUGUGGAAUUAGAAGUAGUAAACAAUACUAUGAAUGAAGUACGUCAUUCAAUUGAACGCAUUACUCGAAAUGAAUAUCAAUUUGUUAACUACUGCAAAGAAUAUUUUAACUAUGAUCCACCAGAAGAAAUUAUUGUAUCAGCUCCCAAUGAACGAUUGGAAUGCGGAUAUUAUAUUCCUAUUGAUAAAACAUUAUCUUCGAUUUUUAAUACUCAACAUACUCUUGUUCAAGUCGUUGAUAAUAUAAAACAACAACAAGAAGCGACUGCUAUCGAUAAUGAUUUAAUGUUCUCUUUUCGUGAUGGAAGUUAUGGUGCACGAAUCGAUGACAACAGCUUGCUUAUACAAUUAUAUGCUGAUGAUAUCGGAUUAACAAAUCCUAUUGGUGCUAAGAAAGAUCAACAUAAAAUGUUUAUGGUAUAUUUCUCUUUGGAAGAUGUUCCCGAUCAAUAUCAUUCACGAUUAGAUGGUAUUAAUUUAGUUGCACUGUGUAACAGUCGAAUUUUGAAGAAUAUCACAAAAGCAAGAAGAUUUUUUGAACCAAUAAUCGAAAAUCUCAACCAAUUGCAAUCACAAGGAAUAUGUAUUAACGGCAAUAAACUCAAAUUCUCGUUUUCAACAAUGAUAGCGGAUAAUUUGGCUGCUCAUAUGAUCGGUGGCUUUCAAUCUUCGUUCAGCAAUGGAUAUUUUUGUCGCCGUUGUUAUACAUCGUAUGCUGAUAGAAAUUUACCAAUAUUAAUGGCAACAGCUGUUGGCAGAACCUGUAUUGAUCACGAUGAUUUAGUUCAACAAGUUACAGCAGAUCCACAAAAGUCUCCUUUAAUGGGCAUUGUUGGUAAGAGUCUUCUAUAUGAUCUUGUUGGCUUUCAUUCGACCACGUCUUUACCUGGCGAUUUGAUGCAUGAUUUCCUCGAAGGCAUUUGUCCGAUUGUUAUUAUGGCCUUAUUAAAAGAAGCGUCGUCCUUGCGUUUAUUGACUUAUGCUCGCAUUCAAGAACUAACGGAAACAUUUCCAUAUGGACAUUUUGAUACAAGUGAUCGGCCGCCUCCUAUUCAAGUGAAACAUUUACAGAACGAUCGAAUUUCUGCCACAGCAUCACAAAAACUUUGCAUUUUUCGCCUUUUCCCAUUUAUCUUUUAUAGUAUUAUUGAUAAAAUACCAUCCAUCAUUGUCUAUAAACAAUUACGUGAAAUACUCGAUCUUGUUUUAUCAACACCAUUCAGAAAAGAAUGGCUACCAAUUCUGCGUGAUCUAUGUAUUGCAUUUCAACAAUCAAUGCUUAUUCAUUUUCCUACGAAGAUGGUGCCAAAGUGUCACUUUGUUUUGGAAUAUGAUCAAAUAAUAAAAGAUUAUGGUCCAGCAAGAAAAAAUUGGUGUAUGCGAUACGAGGCUUACCAUUCUUAUUUUAAACGAAUUGCAUUGAGAUCAAAUAAUUUCAAGAACGUACCGAAAAUGCUGGCCUCACGGUAUCAAAUGAAACAAUCAUACAGAUUAUCAAGAAUGGCAUUAUUCAAAACCUUUGAUCAAGCUAUUGGAAUAAAAAAUGUUAAAAAUAAUCAUUUCAAUAAUCAAUUGAAGCAGAUUUUAAUCGAUCAUUUUGGUAUUAUUGACAUUGCUAAAGAUCUUAUUCAAUGUAAUAAAUAUUACCAUGAAAAUGUUGAAUAUUAUCGUUUUGGUGUUUAUGUGGUAGAUUUUUUGAAUAAUAAUGAAGCGCCAGGAUUUAUUCACGUGGUAAACAUUAUUAAAAAGGACCAAAAGUGGUGGCUCUUGGUUGAUAUAUUGCAAACUAUUUCUUACAAUGAUAUGUUAUGCGCAUGGGAAAUUAAAUCAACAGAUAAUUAUUCGAUACUGGAUCCUCAUCAUCUGAAAUAUUAUGCUAAAGGACUUGACAUUUAUGAGUUGAAUAACUCAAGCUUUGUUUCUUUUAAUGCACAACUUGAAAUCGAUGGUGAAACUCUUGCAUUGAUGGACAGCAUCGAUAAAGCAACAACUUUAUUUCCAAAUAUUGAUUCAUCAUCAAUUACUUCAACCAAUUUCAGCUCAUCUUCUUCCUCUAUCAAACCAGCAGCUAAUUGUUCAACAGAUGAUUAUAUGGAUGAUCGAGUAUUCGAAGAAAGUUCAGUCAAACAAAAAUCGAACAUAUUAUUUCCCAUCGAAUAUAUAAUACCAGCAUUACCAGAUUCUUUACUUCAGGAUAUUGAAGCAGCAGCUAAUUGUUCAACAGAUGAUUAUAUGGAUGAUCGAGUAUUCGAAGAAAGUUCAGUCAAACAAAAAUCGAACAUAUUAUUUCCCAUCGAAUAUAUAAUACCAGCAUUACCAGAUUCUUUACUUCAGGAUAUUGAAGCAGAGCUUGAAAUUGAUGGUGAAACUCUUGCAUUGAUGGACAGCAUCGAUAAAACAACAACGUUAUUUCCAAAGUUAAAGCAACAAUUGCUGUUUUUAAGUGAACGAGAAAAACUGCUUAAAGUUCAAAAAACCGAUUUAAUUUCAAGUAUUGAUUCAUCAUCAAUUACUUCAACCAAUUUCAGCUCAUCUUCUUCCUCUAUCAAACCAGCAGCUAAUUGUUCAACAGAUGAUUAUAUGGAUGAUCGAGUAUUCGAAGAAAGUUCAGUCAAACAAAAAUCGAACAUAUUAUUUCCCAUCGAAUAUAUAAUACCAGCAUUACCAGAUUCUUUACUUCAGGAUAUUGAAGCAGGCGCACUACAUAAAUUCGGACCACACCAUACUAAUCGUCAAGUACUUGUUGAUAUUGUUACACAUGAUUUGAUAAACCAAUACGAUCUUUUUUAUCCAACUCAUAAACAAUUCGAUCUUAUUGGUACAGCCAUUAUUCGUCAAUUGAAGUUGCCAAUGACAAGAGAUAAUAUUGCUAUUUGGAAAGAUGCCGUUCAAACUAAAUUAAAACGAAAACGACUUCAGCAUCGAGAUCAUGUUGACGUGAAACAUCAUCAAUCCAAGUAUUCAAAAAAUGGCUCAGGUCGUCCGGUGAAAAGAAUGAUUGGCGAAGUUGCUCAACGUGAUCGACAAAAACAACUUAUGCUUUUAAACUACGAUGCUGAUACAUUUAAUGAUCUUCAAUUAAAAUCUAAAUCAUUAAAAGAUAAUUCUCAAAUUGAGUUUAAUAGUCUACUAAAUUUAUGGAAAGAAACUGUUUACGUUCGACGAAAAGCAAUACGUGAUCGACCUACAUCAGAAAUUCUUGAAGGAUUUCCUGGAUAUAAAGAUCCUGUUUUGAUUUUUGAAGAAGUCAAAAUAAGUAUGGGAGUGGAUUUACGUGUUGUCGUACGGCGGCAAAUACCAAUUUUACUUCAAAAAAUGAUUACAACGCCUGCGUUUAUUACAGAUUCUCCACCGAUUCAGCUUAUCCGAGUGCUUUGUCGACAAUUUGAAGAGACUGUUCAUCAUACGUACUGUAACACAACACCAUCGACACCAUAUCCAACAUUAGUUUUUGUCGAUCAUAUUAUCCAUGUUUAUGUGGAUUUUAUACCAAUUGUCUCAACAACAUCACCCGAUGAUGCAUUAGCACUUUUACUAGCAAUGUAUGCUAUAUUUGAAUUGAAUUUUCAUAAAAACAGUCGUUCAAUACGUUUACUAUAUGCAAUUGUUUUCGCUGAUAAACGCUUUUUAUCGAAUACAAUUCGUGACGUGAUACAAGAGAAACAAAUUGAUAUUUAUAGUGAAUUAAAUCGACAACAAUUGACUGAAAUCAACUCGAUUACCAAUAACCUCGUAACAGAGUCCUCCACAACUGAACAACCCCAUUGUUACAACGACAAUAAGUCGAGCGUAAACAUGGUCAUUAAUGCGACAGAAAUUCUCAACAACAACGAAAAUGCAACUUCAGCAUCAUUUGAUUCUCCUGCACCAAUAGUAAAGGGACGAAAACGACCACAAAAAUUGCCAAAAACGCUCACCACGGAAAAACCAAUGCCCAUUGAUCAUGAUAGCGAUCAUGAGAAUCAAAAUGAUUGUAGUUCCUCAAUGAGCAAGAAAUUACAACGUGUUGAUAAGCAUUCAAGCAAGAAAAAACGUCGUUAUUAA